CGCUCCCUGUAAGCUUCCGUCCGAGAGAGGCCGGCUCUUGAUGGAGGGCUAGUUGAUCCUCCCUGAAAGGUCACGUGACAGCUGCUUGUACGGCUUCCGCGGGACGGCCGGCUCCGGAAGCACAGGCGCAGCAGCUUGUAUGGUGCUUCCGGAACUGCGUCCCGAGACCUUUUUGGCGCUGGUCGCGGCCCGGAGGGCGGGCUCUGGGUUCCGGUUCCCCUCGGCACCAUGCGCUACAACGAGAAGGAGCUGCAGGCGUUGUCCCGUCAGCCGGCCGAGCUGGCGGCCGAGCUGGGCAUGCGGGGUCCCAAGAAAGGCAGCGUGGUGAAGCGGAGGCUAGUGAAGCUGGUGGUGAAUUUUCUCUUCUACUUCCGCACGGACGAGGCAGAGCCGGUCGGAGCUCUGCUGCUGGAGCGCUGCAUCGUCGCCCGGGAAGAGCCCAGCGGCUUCUCCAUCAGCUUCAUGGAGGACCCAGAAAGGAAGUACUACUUCAAGUGCUGCAGUGAGGAGCAGUGCCAGGAGUGGAUGGAGGCUCUGCAUCAGGCCAGCUAUGAGUUUAUGCGAAGAAGCCUCAUCUUCUACAGGAAUGAGAUCCAGAAGAUGACAGGAUCCCCUGGAGCAGUUCGGCAUAUCUGAGGAGGCCAGGUUUCAGCUGAGCAGCUUGAAGGAAUGAGACCAGGGCAUAGGCAGUCAGCCCUGCCCCCCUCACCUGGACCUCCUGCCAGGCCCUGGAUUUACUGGACCAAGCCUGGACUAAGUGGGAGUUGUUUGCUGUAAAGACUUUCAAAGCCUGAGGCAUGUGCAGGUUGACAGGGGCUCUUUUUGUGGGAAACCACCUGACAAGCUUCUUUCCCUGUGCCUCAGGACCUACUGGACUAGUCUAGCACCUCCAUGUCAUGUGCUGCUGCCUGGCACAAGCAUCCACUCCCAGGAGCUCUGCCCUGAGUCCUUAGCUGUGUCCAGCAAGGGCUUGGCAUGCCCCUGGUCCUUUGUGGCUCCAGUUCUGUGCCAGGUGAAUGUACUAAGCUAGAUGAUGCUGUGAAUGGCAAGGGAGCUAGGUCUCCCUCAGCUGUGAAUCUGCCUGAACCCUGGAGAAGCGGUCAGCCUGGGUCAGCGUGCUUGUUUUAUUCAAAUAAAAGUACCUCUCUUCCA